GUUACAGAGUAAAAGGUGUAGAAGAAGAAGAAUAUAGAUAAAGGCGUUAGCUUUUCCUCAAAAAACUUCACCAAUUAAAGAGCUUUCUUAGAUAAGUGAGAGAAGCAAUACCCAAAUCUCUCUUUCUUCUUGUUGGCCAUUAGACUUGAGAGGGAUAAAAAUGGGUGCCGCGGCGCAUUUUAGCAAUGACAGUGUUUUCAGAGUGUUUCUUCUUUGGCUCCUCUGCUUCUGGGGAUUGCUCUCUCUAACAUGCGCUGGGAGGCUCAGUGUCUCAAGUCAGAAUUUCCAAGUGCACAAACACUUGAAAAGACUGAACAAACCAGCCGUUAAGAGCAUUCAGAGUCCAGAUGGUGAUAUAAUAGACUGUGUUCACAUAUCUAAGCAACCAGCUUUUGAUCAUCCUUUCCUCAAAGACCACAAGAUUCAGAUGAAUCCUAGUACCAUCCCUGAACUGCUGUUUGAAGAGAACAAAGGACUGUCGAAGAAACCAAAAGAGAGAAUCAAUCCAGUCACUCAGUUAUGGCACCAGAACGGGGUGUGUUCUGAAGGAACAAUACCAGUGAGGAGGACAAAGAAAGAGGAUGUUCUGAGAGCAAGCUCUGUCAAACGUUACGGUAAGAAGAAGCACCUCACAGUUCCUCUACCGAGGUCUGCUGAUCCUGAUCUCGCCAACCAAAGUGGUCAUCAGCACGCUAUAGCUUAUGUGGAAGGAGGCAAGUUUUAUGGGGCUAAGGCGACAAUAAAUGUAUGGGAACCCAAAGUACAAAGCCCAAAUGAGUUCAGCUUGUCUCAGCUGUGGAUUCUUGGAGGUUCUUUUGGUCAAGACCUCAACAGCAUUGAAGCUGGUUGGCAGGUUAGUCCGGACCUAUAUGGUGAUAACAAUACAAGGCUGUUUACAUACUGGACUAGCGAUGCUUAUCAGGCUACUGGCUGCUACAAUCUACUUUGUUCCGGUUUUAUACAAGUCAACAGUCAAAUAGCAAUGGGAGCAAGUAUCUCUCCUGUAUCUGGCUUCCAUAACCCGCAAUACGAUAUCAGCAUUACCAUUUGGAAGGAUCCAAAGGAAGGGCACUGGUGGAUGCAGUUUGGAGAUGGGUACGUGUUGGGAUACUGGCCAAGCUUUCUGUUCUCCUACUUAGCAGACAGUGCAUCCAUAGUGGAAUGGGGCGGAGAAGUGGUGAACAUGGAAGAAGACGGUCACCACACGACCACACAAAUGGGAAGCGGUCAGUUUCCAGAUGCAGGGUUCUCGAAGGCUAGUUACUUUAGGAAUAUUCAAGUCGUUGACAGCUCUAAUAAUCUGAAAGAACCAAAAGGGCUCAACACUUUUACUGAGAAAGCGAAUUGCUAUGAUGUUGAGGUUAGUAAGAAUGAUGAUUGGGGACAUUAUUUUUACUAUGGAGGUCCUGGAAGAAACCCUAAUUGUCAGUAGAGGAUGAACAGGAGAAAGAUGUUGAUUAUGAUGAAGAUGUAGAGGAAUACUCUUACUUGAUGUUUAGGUGAAGUGUAGGAAGAUCGUUUUUGUUGAUUUUUUCUUACUCUUUACUAUCUGUUUUGUUUUCAUGGACAUUGUUUUUUUCUUCUAGGUUUCUAGGUUUGGUUUCAAGGUCUUUAUUUGUUACUGUGUUUGAAGUGAACACAUUUGUCUGUAGUCUGUAAGUGUGAAGCUGUGUGAAAGGGAAUUUGGUUGUCUUGUCUCUUUGUAACCUUGAGGACAAAGAAAGUUGCGGACCUUUGGUUUCUUUUA